GCUGUCGAAAGGCACAGCAGAAGAGCCGGGUUGGCGGCGUUGCCAAGCCCUGUUUGGGUAUUAAGCCCUAAAAAGGGACCCGCCAGGUUCGUCUAAAAGCUGAGAAAUGUUGUGGCGUUUGUUUAUGCUGGCGGACUUUGGAGACGGUGCCUGGAAGUACAGGUGAUACUUUCGAAUCCGACGUCCGUUCCGGGGACAGUAAGGAGGCCGGUCCUUUCUUGCCAAUGGAAGCCUUGCGGAAGCUGCUGGUUCCGAGCCUUGCACGCCCCCCCGGCUCCCUUGCACGUGUGAACAUGAGCAGCGUGGAUAGAGCAAAAGUGAUUUCCUAUGAGGAUGUAAAGAAGCUGGUGGCCGAAGGGGAGGCCCAGAUUUUUGACGUCCGUUCGCCAGAAGAGGUAGCCAAUGGGAAAAUUGCGAAUGCUGUUAAUAUUCCAGUGGCGGAGGUAGAAGAGGCUUUUAAAAUGGACCCGGAAACAUUUAAAAUGAAGUAUGGGGUGAACAAGCCGCGGCUAGAUGAUGAAAACUUGGUGUUCCACUGCCAGAUGGGCAAAAGAGGGGCCCGGGCCGCAGAAAUAGCCGUGGCGCUCGGCUAUGCCAGGGCUCGGAACUAUGCUGGAGGCUACAAGGAGUGGUCAGAGAAAGAAGGAAAGUGAGGUGUGAAGGGAUCCAGGCUCCGUUAUGGCAGACUUCAGACUCCAGGAAAGCUGGUGGCUUGCCUUGUCCUGAAGAUUCAUCAGCUGCUCUUUCCAUUCUCUCAUGCCAAAAUGGGAUGUCCAAGAUUUUGCUGGGCCCCUUGACUGAACUGCAGAGCCUCCUUGGAGCUAGAGAUCACCAGGAUUGGUUCUACUUUUCCUGCCCCCCCCUCCCUCCAGAAAUUAUGCUGGGGACUGCGUAGGCCAAGACUUGGGUAUUUUCAGUAGUGGCUCCAUUGCUAGGAACACUCCCCGAGGAGGGUGGGCCACCACCUUAAGAUAUUAUGGCGUGUGAAAUUCUUCCAAUAGAUUCAAAUGCUUUAAAGACCAUAAGAUGAAAUUCAGUAUGUAUUGCUCUUUAUUAUAAUUAAACAAGCUCCCUCUUGAGAUCAGGGCCCUGCGGGAUUUGGUACAAUUCGGCAGGGCCUGUGAGACAGAGCUGUUCUGCCGGGCCUUCGGAUGAGACGGUGGACAUCCAAAUCUUUCUCGGCCUCCCCUGUUGACAACGCUGGCCAAAUGGAUCCAGCUCAAGCUGAGCAUCGCUAUCGAGGCGAGUCCACCCUCUCUUGUGUUUGGGUUGUGUUUUAUGAGAAAUAUGGUUUUUUAACUACCUGAUGAUAUUGUUACUUUGUGAUUUGUAACCCGCUGUGAGCCCACUUGCGGGGAGGUUGGGCUAAAAAAAUUAAUAUGUCUCUGCUGUCACUUGAUGUUGAUUUUUAUU